ACACUUUUCAUUCUCUUUUCCUUUCAGCAUUCUCUCUCUCUCUCUCUCUCUAAAUUCUCACAACAAUGGCCCAGCCAGGCCAAUUCCCCAUAAACCCUAUGAACCCGAUGAUGUACCACCCGACCGUACCGGUUUCGGUGCCCGUACCCGUACCCGUACCCGCAUCUCUACCCUUACCCAUGCCCAUGCCCAUGCCCAUGCCCCGCCCCGUACCUACUGCCGCGUUUCCCGAAUUCGAAUACGGACAGCCAUCAUCGGCGGCCGGAAAGCGCCGCCGGGAAGACGAGCUUGUUUCGGCGGAGGACGAGUCGGCGGCGAAGCGGAGAGUGAAGUUGGCUCAGGACGUACUGUUCAGAAUCGUCGUCCCGUCGCGGCAGAUCGGGAAGGUCAUCGGCAAAGAAGGCUGCCGAAUCCAGAAGAUUCGCGAAGAUACCAAAGCCACCAUCAAAAUCGCCGAUGCCAUCGCUCGACAUGAAGAGCGUGUAAUUAUCAUAAGUUCUAAAGACAGUGACAACAAGCUCACUGACGCAGAAAAUGCACUCCAGCAAAUUGCCACUUUAAUACUAAAGGAAGAUGAAAGCAGUACAGAGGCAAAAGUUGCAGCAGGACAUGUGGCUGCCAAUACCAUAAGGCUUUUGAUUGCUGGAACCCAAGCAGGUUGUUUGAUUGGGAUUUCAGGUCAAAAUAUUGAGAAAUUGAGGGAUUCCUGUGGUGCCAUAAUCACAAUUCUUGCUCAAAAUCAGUUGCCUUUGUGUGCAUCUGCUCAUGAAUCUGAUCGAGUGGUACAGAUAUCAGGUGAUGUUCCUGCUGUACUGAAGGCAUUGGAGGAGAUUGGUUCUCAACUAAGGGAAAACCCACCACGACAAGUGAUUUCUAUUAGCCCAGUGUACAAUAUUACAUCAAUCAGACCUCCUCAACCGUACCUGGACCCAACAUCAGCUGAUUAUGUUACUUUCGAGAUGAUGAUAUCGGAAUCGCUGGUUGGUGGGUUGAUCGGCAGGAGCGGCACCAACAUAUCAAGGAUCAGAAAUGAGUCUGGAGCAAUGAUCAAGGUUUAUGGUGGGAAAGGCGAAACUAAACAUCGACAAAUUCAAUUCGGAGGUAGCGCUCAACAGGUAGCAUUGGCAAAGCUGAGGGUUGACGAAUACAUAUAUUCUCAGUUGAUACAACAACCCGGUGCUCAACAGCCAGCUUUGCCGCUUUGAUGAGGACGGAACAUCAAGACCUCUUGCCCCCCUUGUUCAAUAGUCAUUUCUUGAGUUCAGUUCCUGGUAGAUCCCAAUUCACCUUUGCUGCAGCAAAUGCUGUACCAGAUUUUGAGACGACGGUGUUAUACAAUGAUAAUGUAUUGUAUGGUUUGCUAUAAGAGAGAGUUGAAUAUCAAGAUCUUUUUAUUCCAAAACUUAGGUGGUGCAUAGGAAUUUUAUGUGUUUGUUGUGAGGAUAUAAAUCAAUCACGUCUUGUUGAGUAUAAUUUAGUUUUCUAAUUUAUGCUAGCAUAGUACUACUUGUUCAUUAAAAAUAUCCUGGUGGAACUUUUAAUUAUUGAAGUCCUUUUUUCCCUC